UUCUUUAACAAACCCUCUUCGUAGAAGAAAUUCUUUGAUCGGCCCCACACACGUUGAUGAAAACAAGAAAACUCCGAUGAGGAACAAGACUCUAAUAAGAGUGAGAGAAUUAUUAGGCCGUCAACGUUAUAUAUAUAAACCUUCCCAGCAUUUCCACACACAUAUGCUACAUAUAUCAAUCCAUGGCCCCCAAACGAAGUUCCAGCUACCUAGCACCUGCAUUUCCAUUCACAAUCUUGGCUCGGUUGGUGGCUUUGGCAGUCAUCGGUUUGGUGCUCGUUUGGCUGCUUCACUUCCGGGAGGGUCUUGCUUUUAGAUCAGAUGACAAGGCCAAGAUCUUCAAUGUGCACCCCUUGCUCAUGCUUCUUGGUUUUGUCUUGAUUUCAGGAGAAGCUAUUAUGGCCUAUAAGACAGUUCCGACGAUCAGAAAGAGGCAGAAGCUGUUUCACCUGCUUCUGCACUUGGUCGCGUUUGUUGCCGGCGUUCUUGGCAUAUAUGCAGUGUUCAAGUUUCACCAUGACCUCCGAUUUCCUCAUAUGUAUUCCUUACAUUCUUGGUUGGGCCUGUCUACCAUCUCCCUACUCCCUAUUUGGUCUCCAGUGGCUAUUCUCCUUCUUUUCCUUCUGGUAUCCUCGUGCACAAGCAUCAACAAGGGCAAGGCUGGCACCAUGGCACGCUGUGUUUGGGCUGGUUAUCUUCUUCAUGGCGAUUUUAAGCGCUGAGACUGGCUUGGUGGAGAAGUUCAUUUUCUUAGACUUGCAACGAAGUCAAGAAGCACUCAUAGUGAACUUCACUGGACUCUUAGUCCUCGUCUUUGCUGUUUCCGUUGGUCUCACCGUUCUGCUUCCAAGUGCUUAAGACUUUUUUUAUCACCACCAAUAUUGCUAAGGAAUGACAAAUUCGUUAAAUUUCUAUAACAUCUUUCAGAAUAGAUCCAAUUACGUAAACGCUUAAUUCUUUUUGUGAAAUUCCAAGUACGUCUUUUGAGAUUUUAGUUGUAAUUACAAGUAAACUCAUAAUUUAGUGCACAAUAUUUCUUUAAAGGUGUACUUGUAAUUUUAUGAAAAACAAGAAAUGCUUGUAUAAGCAAACUUAACCUUAGGAAUGUUGAGUAAUUUACUU